UGUAACAGGAGUUAAGAGUGCUAACAAAACAUUCAGCCAUGACUCUCUCAUCAGACGGAUUAAGGCUAUCAAUGGAAGGGAAACUUUGGAGAUUUUGUUUGACCACAGCCAUUCUGCUCUGUGGCAUUGGCUGCCAAAAUAAUUCAAGUGAACGUCGUUGUAAAGUACUGAUAGUGAACGAUGACACAUAUUCAGGAGUCAUUAGGAAUGGGAAUGAUUGUCCAUCUCAGAAUAACUUUUCAGAUUGGAUAGGGAAUUGUACCUCACAGCAGGAAAUCCAGAGGCUCUGCAUCAUAUCUACUGGAGAGAACACAACACCAUCAGAUAAAUGUCAUCCAGAAUUCCCCAACUGUACAUUUGAAGUGAGGAAAGAUAACAAUUCAUACUCCAUAACUCUGAGUGAAGAUGCUGUCAACACUCAAGAGUUCCACUUGUGGCUUCCACCGAGAAAGAACAUGACAUGUAUGCCAUCACAGUUCUAUCGAAAUACUACAGGUUAUCUGACUACUCCGGUGAAGCCAGAAACCAUUUGUGGAAAGAUGUCAACCUAUGAUGCAGCUGCUUGCAGAAAUAACACCAAAGAUAAAUUCAUUCUUGAGAUCACUGCAGAGGGACCAAAUAGUUGUCUAACAUGUAACAACCCUGUUAAGAAGCCGGACAUGAAUAUAAGUUUACCCAGCGGCCCAAUGGAAGGCUCAAAUGGGGUCAUAAGUGCUGAUUUGGCAUCUGAGGCUAUGAAAAAUCUCUUCUCGUUGACUGAGCUGAUGGGAAACGCCAGCACUGCAGCCAUUUCAAUGGGCAAGGUUAAAGGACUCCUUAGUAAACUUCAUAAAGACGACCCCAAGGAUAUCAACUUUGGUUUUUCCCCUGACAAAGAUAUGAGUAUUGUUGAAGACAAGUAUGCCCUGAAGAAAUAUUUCAAUCGAUCUGUGCGUGUGUCCAAAGAAGCCUAUGACAUGGCACUCAAUAAGAGUGGAACUUUUGUCGGGGUUCUUGUCUUUCCCAGCAUGUCCCAGGAUGAAAAGAAGAGCAUCGUUCUAAACGGUGAGGUAGUUGGAAUAGAAAUUGGAGCCCACAUAGCUAAUCUCACAGACACCAUUGAUAUUGAGUACAGAAAUGUUGAUAAGGUGGGAUUCAAUGUCUUUUGUAAUUCUUGGAAUGGCAAAGGAAAACUACCCAAUUGGACCACAGAUGGUUGUCAAACCUUGGAGAGCAACAACAGCAUAACGUGCCAAUGCACUCAUUUAUCAUUUUUCGCUAUACUAAUGUCACCUCCACCAAAGAACAUCAGUGCCUCAGAUGUGGCAUCUCUAACCUACAUUAGCUACAUCGGCUGUGGACUGUCUAUGUUCUUCUUGGGAACGGCUCUCUUCAUGCAGUUUGUGAUAAGCAAAACCAAAUCUAGCCAAGCAACCAAGAUCCUUAUCAACCUCUUCUUGGCUAUGAUGUUCCUGAACCUGACCUUUCUGACCAACGAGACCGUUGCAGCCAUGGGGAGCUAUGUUGCAUGUGUCAUCAUAGCAGCAGUCAUGCACUACUCCAUGUUGUCCACCUUCACCUGGUUCCUCAUUGAGGCGGUCCACUUGUUCCUGCAGCUAAAGAAACGCACCGCGAACAUCAAACAUUAUAUGCUGAAAGUUUACGUUCUGGGAUGGGUCCUUCCAGCUCUAGUGGUCAUCGUCCUUCUCGGACUGCAAAAAUAUACAUUAAUGUCCAUACAAACAGAUGAUGGGAAAUCAGUGAAAAUGUGCUGGAUCACUGACAUCUACAUCCAUUAUGGAGUCAACAUCGGCUAUUACGCCUUGGUGUUUGUCUGGACUUUGACCAACUUCAUCAUUGUCGUGAGACAGAUCUUGAUCCUGAGGAAGACCAAUGUAGGCAAGUGCCAGAACGACCCAGCGUCCAAGGACACCCUGACCAUCCUGGGGCUCCUAUUCCUGCUGGGCCUCACCUGGGGCUUUGCCUUCUUCAGCUACGGACCCAUGGUUAUCCCAUCUUACUACAUCUUCAGCAUCCUCAACUCCUUCCAGGGCUUCUUCCUGUUCCUCUACUACUACAACACCAACAAGAUUGUUGGUGAUGACAGGAACUCUGUAUUCACCGACCAGAGCACCUCUACUUUUUCAAACAUCUAUGACGACUCUCCCGUUCACAAGAAGUAGCUAAGAUUGGGGCCGAUGGGGUAUCUUACUACACUAGGUUUAGAAUUGCAAUACACUAAGCACAAAAUGUUUUGAAGAUGUUUAAUACUCUAUUUAAUAAAUAGAAAAGUAUGCUUGUAUUUGUUAAAUGUCUGUAAUCUAUGUAUUUAUAUAGUCAAAAGUUUGAGAACGCCUACUCAAUCAAGGGUUUUUCUUUACUUGUACUAUUUUCUACAUUGUAGAAUAAUAGUGAAGACAUCAAAACUAUGAAAUAACACAUAUGGAAUCAUGUAGUAACCAAAAAGGUUUAAACAAAUAAAAUAUAUUUUAUAGUUGAGAUUAUUCAAAGCAGCCACUCUUUGUCUUGAGGACAGCUUUGCACACUCUUGACAUUCUCACCGCCAGAUUCACCUGGAAUGCUUUUCCAAUAGUCUUUAAGGACUUCCCACAUAUGCUGAGCACUUGUUGGCUGCUUUUCAGUCACUAUGC